AUGAAGAAAGCAUUUGGUCAGACUGUCAGAGACCUCAAGAGAGGGGUCAACAAGAAAGUGCUUAAAGUACCUGGAAUUGAACAGAAGGUUCUAGAUGCUACCAGCAACGAGUCAUGGGGUCCGCAUGGAUCACUUCUUGCGGAUAUUGCGCAUGCUUCAAGAAAUUACCAUGAAUACCAGCUGACCAUGGGAGUGUUAUGGAAACGUCUUAGUGACACUGGAAAAAAUUGGAGGCAUGUCUAUAAGGCAUUGACAGUCUUGGAGUACAUGGUUGGCCAUGGAUCAGAACGUGUCGUAGACGAGGUUAAAGAACGUGCAUAUCAAAUUUCGAUAUUGUCCCAUUUUCUGUACAUUGAUUCCAGCGGUAAAGAUCAAGGAAUCAAUGUCAGGAAGAAGGCACAGAGCCUUGUGGCUUUGGUAAAUGACAAAGAACGAAUAGUAGAGGUCAGAGAGAAGGCUGCUGCUAACAGAGACAAGUAUCGUAACUCAACAGUAGGUAGGCCUUCAGGAGGCUAUGAUUAUGAUGGCCGCUAUGGAGACAGAGAUGAAGGGCGAAGUAGUUAUGGGAGAGAAAGAGAAUCUGGUUACAGGGAUGAUGAUAGGAAUAGUCGUGAUGGAGAUCGUUAUUCUAGAGACUCUGAUGAACGAUAUGGAAGGGAUGGUAACAGGGAUGAUGAAUACCGUGGAAGGAGCAGAAGUGUUGAUAACUACCAAACUGGAUCAAGAGGUAGGAGCUCGGACAGGGAACGGUCUUUUGAGGAUGAUGGUCAAUCUUCGUCAAGGGACAGUGGUACACGAGCUGAUGAUCAUUCUCAAGAUGGGAGAGUGGGGCUACAGAGGAAGUUUUCUGAACAAAAUAUUGGUGCCGCCCCACCUAGUUAUGAAGAAGCUGUCAGUGAAUCACGGAGCCCUGUAUACAGUGAAAGGGAUGGUGGGGGGACCCCACAAGUUGCUCCUCCAGGAGCUGUUGCUUCUCCCCCUGCUGAAAGCAGCAGCGUGGACAACAAAGCUCCUGAAUUUGUUAACGAAUCCCCUCCAGAGCCAGUUGAGGCAUUUGAUGAAUUUGAUCCACGAGGCUCAGUUUCAGCUGGUGCUUCGGCUCCUGCUCCUAGCCCACCAACAGUGGAUUCCACUUCUGCCCCACCGCCCACUUCGAAUAAUACCGAGAUGGAUUUGCUCGGCUCUCUUUCAGAUGUAUUUUCACCAAACCCGUUGGCUAUCGUCACAUCUGACUCUACUUCUUUUGAAACCAAUGGACAAGCACACGCUGGUUCAGAACCCUCUUUUUCUACUUCCCAGUCAUCAACUCAGCCGUUUGAUGACCCAUUUGGUGACUCUCCUUUCAAAGCCAUCACUUCUGCUGACACUGACCCAAGUCAACAUCAGAGUUUCGGAGCUCCUUUCCAGCCAGCACCACCGACCUCAAAUCCUGACAAUGGUAAUGAGUUUGGUUUCGGGGAACCAUUUUCUGCUGUUCCUAAUCCUGAAGCUGGCGUUCAAAAUAUGCAAGCUCCACCGGACUCAUCCGCCUUCCCUCAAGAGGAGUUUGACUCAUCCCAGAGCGAUAUCGAUAUUCUUGCCGGCAUUCUCCCGCCAUCUGGACCGCCAGUUUCUCUGUCUCAACCAAAUCCCACACUGCCAACAUCCCAAUUUCCUCCCAACGGUAAUAUGUAUGAAAGCUUCCAUCCUCAUCAGGCGCCUACAGAUCCAAACAUGUCAGGACACACUCCGUUUGGUCAAGCUUCACAACAGUAUAACAUGGUUCCUCAUUCGCAAAAUCCUGCUGGAGGUAUGCAAUUCAACAAUGGAGGCUUCAUGCAACAGCCAGGCUAUGCAGGUUCACCACAUUCUCAACCUCCACAGUAUACUCCUCCUGGUCUAUCUUCACACCCAACAAGUGAGAUUUUUCCUCACCAACCACAACCAGGUUCCGCCACUUCAUCAAGCUCACAAACCCCUUUCUCUACCACACCCAAUGCACAAGCUGGUCAGUUUGAUGGUGGAAACUUCAUGGCACAGCAACCUCAUAGUGUGACACAGCAAGCUCAUGGUAUCCCUUCCCAUACACCACAUCGAAGUCAAUCUGGUCAGUUUGAUGGUGGAAAUUUCAUGACACAGCAAGCUCAUGGUAUGCCUUCCCAUACACCACAGCGAACUCAGUCUGGACCUGUUGCAGCGCACGGAAAUAUCAAUAAUGUCACUGGCGACAUGUUUGCACCAGCUGGACUAGGUUCCUUGGGGACCUCAGCUUCUCAACCAUCUCUUACACCUUUAACAGGAGCGAUUGAGAUUGUUCCUCCUCAAACACAGAAAAAGUUUGAGCCGAAAUCAACAAUCUGGGCAGACACGUUAAGCAGAGGGCUUGUGAAUUUCAACAUAUCUGGACCGAAAACAAAUCCGUUGUCGGAUAUAGGAGUUGAUUUCGAGGCGAUCAACAGGAAGGAGAAACGGCUAGAGAAACCAACAGCUGCACAACAACAACAACAACAAGUGACAUCAACUAUCAACAUGGGUAAAGCCAUGGGAUCUGGUACUGGCUUAGGCCGUGCAGGUGCAGGUGCUAUGAGACCUUCAGCGAACCCAAUGGGAGGCCCAACCAUGCCCAUGGGGAUGAACCAGAACAAUCCUAUGGCAAUGGGCAUGAACAUGAACAUGAACCAAACCCAUCCAAUGGGAAUGGGGAUGGGAAUGAACAUGAACCAAAACAAUCCCAUGGGAAUGGGCAUGAACAUGAAUCAAAACCAUCCCAUGGGAAUGGGUAUGAACAUGAACCAAAACCAUCCGAUGGGAAUGGGCAUGGGCAUGAACAUGAACAUGGGAGGAUAUGGUCAAGGGUACCCGAUGCAACCACAACAAGGGAUGGGCAUGGCUCCUGGUCCACAAGGACCACAACCAGGUGGUGCUUAUAAUCCGAUGAUGGGUCAAGGUGGUUACAACCCUCAGCAGGAGCAACCUUAUGGUGGAGGAUACCGAUGCGACAGUAAACACAAACAAAGAGACAGAAACGUGAUCAGCGACGACGGCGAAGAAUACGGCGAACACGAGGGAUCCCAACGAUCAGCUACUUUUGACAUUCCUCGGCGGCUGAGAUUUCAGCCUCUCCGAUCUGUUUCUGUAAUCAUGGUGAUCGCGGCUACUUCUUCUUUUUCCCUCGGUCCAUCUCAUUGCCAUCAAUCUUACACGGAUGAUUUCUCUUCCUCCGUUCCUUACAAAAGAAGCGGCAGCGCAAGAAACCGUGCAUUUGAUGGAUGUGGCUCUGCUAAUCUCUCUGUUUUAAGUUCCAGAUGCAAGAUCCCUUUUUUUGGAUCAGCAUUUCAUGUAUCAUCCGGUGGACAUGACCUUGGCCUCACAAAAGUUUCGGUUGCUGCUGAUUAUUCGGAUUCGGUUCCUGAUUCAUCUUUCUACGGCUACCAUCCUCUUGAAGAACUGAAGCCGAGCAAAAGAGUCCAGGAGACAAAACUCUCUGCUGCUGAAGUAGCAAGGACAACGGUCGAGGCUAACGGCAGUGCUGUGCUGGUGUUUCCUGGAGCUAUUCACUGUGAACCACAUGAUCAGAAUUCAUGGUCUGAGUUUAAGUACGUCAUUGAUGAUUAUGGAGAUAUCUUUUUCGACAUUCCUGAUGAUGAGAACAUCUUAGAAGAUCCUGGAGCUAGUAAUCCGGUGAAAGCCUAUUUUGGAAUGGAUGUCCCUCGAUACGAAAACGCAAGGCUCCAUGAGGAAUAUAACAUUUCGGAGAUUGGUAAUCUUGACCAAAUCAUUUUUGAUGACCAUUAUUUCGAGAUUAUGGAUUCUGAAGCUAGAGAUAUUCCGGUCGAUUGGGGAAUGCCUGACACCUCCAACGCCAACAGUGUUCAUCCUAUUUACUUUGCCAAACACCUCUCCAAGGCCAUCAGCAUGGACUAUGACAGGAAAAUGGACUAUCCGUCGAAUGGUGUAUCGAUACUCGGAUGCCUUAGGCCCGCUUUCCUUGACGAGGAAUCUUAUAUAAGAAGAUUAUUUACCUCUGAAGAUAGAGAUGACUAUAGCUGGGAGACUCAAGGCAAUGACAAUCCAAGCACUAGUUCCAGGCGCGACGAGGACGAUAUGAGUUCAAGUCUAUAUAGAUUAGAGAUUGUGGGAAUAGAGCUUCUCUCCCUCUAUGGAGCUGAGUCUUCUAUAAGCUUGCAAGAUUUCCAAGAUGCUGAGCCAGACAUCCUAGUGCACUCUACUUCUGCAAUAAUAGAGCGCUUCAACGACAGGGGGAUUAACUCCAGCAUUGCCCUUAAAGCUCUUUGCAAAAAGAAGGGUCUUCAUGCAGAGGAAGCUAACCUUAUCAGUGUUGAUAGUCUUGGUAUGGAUGUGAGAGUUUUCGCAGGCGCACAAGUCCAAACUCAUCGUUUCCCUUUCAAAACCAGGGCUACAACAGAAGUGGCAGCAGAGAAAAAGAUCCACCAGCUACUGUUCCCUCGUUCACGCAGAAGGAAAUUGAAGUCUCAUGACGAGAGUAUGAAAGAUGCAUAUCGCUGA